UAUCCGGGCUGUUGGCAGCAGCAGCAGUGCAUAUAGCUCAUGUAGAAUCUCAAUAGCUAGACAAUUUUUGCCUUUGUUUUUUGUUUUGUUUUUGUUUGCCAAACGCAUGGCUUAUAUUCAAUAAUACCCAUAUUCUUUUACGUCAUUGCAGUUUUCUAAUAAGACGGGUGUUUAUUGCUGUGUUUUUUUAAGACGCUGACCUUGUGCUGAAUGUCAUUAGAGGAUCUAGUUACGGGUACGGUCUUAACUGGAUAAUCAAGGAGGAGUUGGCAUCAUGGAGAUCAUUGCUCAUUUCAUUAAUGACACCAUUCAGUUCUACAAAUGGGGCCUUACAAUAUCAGACAAGCGGGUGGAGAGUUGGCCCCUGAUGCAGUCCCCUCUACCCACGUUAGCAAUAAGCUCUCUCUACCUUCUCUUCAUCUGGCUGGGUCCAAAGUAUAUGCAGAACAGGGAGCCAUUCCAGCUGCGCUCCACACUCAUCAUCUAUAACUUUGGGAUGGUGAUACUGAAUUUAUUCAUCUUUAAAGAGCUCUUUCUUGCUGCAAGAGCAGCUGGUUACAGCUACAUUUGCCAGCCAGUCAGUUACUCUGAAGAUGUUAACGAAGUUAGGAUAGCAGGUGCCCUGUGGUGGUACUAUAUCUCAAAGGGAAUCGAGUAUUUGGACACCGUGUUUUUCAUCUUGAGAAAGAAAUUUAACCAGGUCAGCUUCCUCCACGUCUACCACCAUUGCACAAUGUUCACUCUCUGGUGGAUUGGGAUCAAGUGGGUGGCUGGAGGACAAUCUUUCUUUGGAGCCCACAUGAAUGCUUCUAUUCACAUCGUCAUGUAUUUAUACUAUGGACUAGCAGCAUUUGGCCCGCAAAUCCAGAAAUACCUGUGGUGGAAGAAAUACCUAACUAUUAUACAAAUGAUUCAGUUCCAUGUCACCAUUGGCCACACAGCCCUGUCUCUCUAUAUAGACUGCUCCUUCCCCAAGUGGAUGCACUGGGCCCUGAUUGCCUAUGCUGUAACCUUCAUUGUCCUCUUCGCAAACUUCUACUACCAGACCUACCGGCACCCAAGGAAGGAGACAUCCUCCAAAGCAGGAAAAGUGGCUGUGAACGGGGUCGUGUCCGUGACAAACGGGGUGAGCAAGCUGGAGAGCAAACUCGUGGUGGAGAAUGGGAGGAAGAAGAAAAAGGGAAAAGCAAAACGGGAAUGAGACGAGAAAACUGGCCUUAUCGAAACAAGUGGCUUUAGAAAUGAGGAAUCCUCCAGUUUUGAGACGUGAACGAAUGAUUUUUCUUUAACUUGUGACAAAGUUAUUAAAAGAGGGAUAUGUGUUUUUAAUCAGAUUCUUGUCUAUGGUUCAAAAAGACCAUAAAGACAAAUAACCAAAAAGUAUAUAAAUAGAAUGCAUUUACAAAAAUAGAGGAAAGAGUCAGAUAUCUAUCCUGACAGUGUACUGUUUCUUUAAGCUGGUAUACACUAAGAUUCAAGUAAUACAACUCGAAACCUUCUUCCCUUGUUAACUGCAGAAAAGAAGUACAGUUUUGCCCUACACACUAAAAGCAAUGUAAAUCCUGACAGCAGUUUACAUUUAUAUAUUUAUUUUUUCUUCAAGGGUUUUUGUUUUCUAGAGAUUGCAGGUGUUAUUUUUUGCAAUUUAAAUAUUUGAAGAACUACCCAGAAUGUGCAUACUAUUUUAUUGCCCCAUCAUGUGUAUGUCAUUAAUCAAUAUUUAUAAAUGCCCCAUGAAUAUUUGGCACAAUAAAAAAAAAAUACCAACAUAUUUUACUGUUGGUACUGUCUUUGUGAAAGCUUGUAUUAGAUUUUAGCUACAUUAACAAGCAUUCAUACAGUCUUUUUUUAAAUCACUGUUAUACUAAAGCUGGUCCAUAUAUUUAUAUAUUAAUGGGACUGGAUCUGACCUCUAUUAAGCAUGAGGCAACUUUCCAAUUCCAAUGCCACUUGACAAGAUGGGUGGGGAGUGGGGAAGAUAUAUACUACAGAUUGUUGAUCCUUUUUGUCCUGGGUAUCUCACAGCAGCCCAACAACACUGACUACUGACCUCUGACCACAUAAUCCGAUUGCUGCUUCAAGAGCCACAGGGUCUCAAAGAGUACACGCAUUUCCAGGGCUGGUCUACAGUUGCACAGAUUAUGGUUUGAUUGUAGCUGUUAUUCAUGAACUUCUUUAUCAAAUACCACCUCUCUUAGCGCCUCACCUCACGCACUUGUAGUUUAAAACAAGUAUAAAUGUAUAUCUUCUGAUAGUUAACGAUUAUUCACAAUAUUGUAACAUCUCAAUGGUGCAUUCUGUGGCAGUUUUAUGUUUUGUGUGUGUGUGUGUGUAUAUAUAUAUAUAAAUAAAAUCUUAAACUUGUGAGUCUAGCAUAUUAAAUCAACAAAAUUACAAUCCUUUUUUUUUUUAAGCUUGCAGAAAAGAG